AUGGCACUUUACAGUCGUGUGAACCCUGUCGGAGAUCCAAACAGCGAUGUGACCAUGACCGGCCGGCGGAGACCUUCCGAUCCAGUCAAUCCUGCGAUAGUUUCUAGUCGACUGACCAGUCAACCAACCUCAAAUGCGUCCAGCCCGGGCUCAGGCUCACUGGGGAAUGGCCGUUUCUUUGCGCCAUUGGAACCACCCUCAGCUCUUCCUGGAUAUCUGGGCUCGACCAGCUACUCUGCGGUUUUGACUGAGCAUCGUAGUGAGAUUUCGUUCGAGCCUGAAGAGAGCACAGAUUCCUCUGCGGGGUUAGUAGUGGAACCCGAUCGACUCCAAUCCGGGGUUGAUGUACUGCGGUUUUUGUAUAAUCUCACUGUGUGUGAUAUCCUGAUUGCACGGUUCUAUGUUGGGACAUGGAGCAAUAUCGUGCCCAAAAGGGUAAUGGACGGACUUCUGCGCUCGGUGCGCGAUAUCUUUGAUGGGUUCUCCAGUGAUCCGACGGCACAACUACAAGAGUUGGCGAAUCAAAUAUUUCAAAAUACCUCCCGUCCGAUGCGGACGCACAAGUCAAUGUCAGUUGAGGAGUACUGUUCUUCUUUCACCGGUCGCAACCUCCGCUGGGAGGCCCUCGGGUCUAUCUUCGCUCUUUGCGGAAUGCAAUUGGUUAUUACGCUAGACAAUGACCCCGACAUUAUGCAGGGCUCGGAUGACCCUCGAGCAAAAGACCAGUUACUAGAGCAGGUAACUGUGAUAAGUACAAUAUGCCUUGGUUUCUGUGACCAGACAUCGUCGGCAAACGAAUUACUCGCAAUGUUACAAUUCAAUGAUGUUAUGUUGCGAACACAACAAUAUGGUGAUUCCAGCUAUCAGGCAUGGCGUCGAUUGGGUGACCUGGUAUCCACCAUUUAUGCAGCUGGGCUACACUUAGAGACCAAUGGCAUUGAAAAUUGUCCAUUCUUUCUUCGCCAGUGGCGGAGGCGCUGCUUUGUUGCUUCCUUCUACAUGGACAAAAUGGUAGCAACAUUUGUUGGACGACCGCCACUGAUGAAUGGUCGAUUCUGCACACUUGCUGCUCCAUUGGAUCUGAGUGACGAAGUCCUGGUUGCAGGUGGACAUGUCCUUAGCAAGGCUAUUUCGGAGCUAAACAGCGCCGGAUGGAAUACUCAAGGGGAGUUACACCCAGUAACCCCAACUCGCCUACGCUAUCAGCUGGCUAUCAUUAGGGAAGAAACUCUUGAGGUUGUACUGGGGACUCGCGAGCAACACAAUCUAAUCCAGAAGUCCGAAGAGAUCCAAGCAAAAUCGCGCGCCAUAUGGGAAUCCGCUCCGGACCAGCUUCGAUAUGACCGGCGAUCGAACGACCAUUUCCAUGAUGGGUGGCUUACGAUAGUCUAUUUCUAUUUGGAUUAUCUAUACACUUGCUUUUUGCUCUAUCGAGCAGUCGUCAAGCACACGAACACCGGACAAGCGGAUCUUUGCGACGUAUCUCGUCGGGUGCUAGCCAUUGUCAUUCAGAUUAAUUCGUUUCGAACCCCAAUGGUCGAUCUAGACCGGCACUUUUCUUGGAUUGUCCUUACGUACGGUGUUCCGUCCGCCAGCGUCCUUCUCCUUGAACUCCUGCACCAAUCUCAUGAGCCCGGUCCACACGCCGUUCCUCUCCCGCGCGCUGAGCUGAUCCGCAACCUCAGCGUGUUUAUUUCUUUCCUAUCGUGGGUCGCAGGCCCCGGUCACGGCAACUACCAUACUUGCAAACAAGCCGAGAAAAAGCUGUCUCGCAUCCUUGAUCAGCUACUCGACCCACAGCCUGUGCAGCAGCAUGUGGUGGACGAUGUCACAACAGGCCUCCACAACUUCCUCAAUUGGUCGAACUACAAUACGAUCUGGGACUUCAACACUGAUUAUAUGCCUCUUACGGAGGGAUUUGCGCCUUAA